AUGAAGGCCUAUUGCACCGCCCUAGGGGUCUUUGCCUGUUUUGUUUCUGCCCAGAAUCCUAGCACGGCGAAACCUACGGCCAUCGAGGCCAUCGACCAAUGUACACAGAGCGCUUUCGACGCAUGUCCUGCCGAUGCCACCGCCGCGCACCGCUGCCUGAAGAUUGAGAGGCCUUCCGAUGGAGUGCCCGCGGACCAAUGCGUUUCCAGUUGUGCUGCAGACUCCGCGUGUCCUUCGGCGUGCGGCCAAGACGCCGGACAUGCAUGGUGCGAUGCAUCCGGAGGUUGCUACUGCGAUAGGUCCUGGAACUCGGCCCAGGCUGCUCCAGCAGACCCCAAGGACUUGUCGUGGGUGAAGAAGUGGGCGGCCGUCGGUGAUUCCUACUCCGCCGGCAUCGGAUCCGGCAAGCUGUACCCCGGUAGUGAGGAGGAUUGCUCUCGCUACGACCAGUCCUACCCGGCAUACAUCCAGUCCCACGAGCUCAUGCCGCAGAACCCGCCCGCGGCCUUUGAAUUCCUCUCUUGCUCCGGCGCAACCGCUCCCGAAGUGCUCGCCAACCAGGUGGUCGGCAUGGGCACCGGAUACGACGUCAUUACCGUCAGCGCCGGCGGUAACGACGUCGGCCUGACCAAGGUCCUCAACGCCUGCAUCUUCCAGUGGAACCCGUUAAGCAGCUGCCCCAGCGCGCUGCGGGUGUCGAGUGCCCUCAUACGCGACGUCCUGCCCGGGAAUCUGGACCGGCUGUACGCCGGCCUCAGGGACAAGAUCAACCCGGAGCGCAAGGUCUAUGUGACGGGCUACGCCGCCUUCUUCGACAACUCGACGAGGGAGUGCGACGACGUCAGCUGGGCCUUCUGGUACAACUUGGACGACAAGGAGCACCUCACCCUCGAGCACAGAACGCUCAUGAACGAGCUCACCCUGGCCACCAACGCGGCCAUCCAGGCCGCCGUGCAGAGGGCGGGAGACGCCUUCGAGUACGUGGGGUACAACGAGUACUUCUCGGCCCUGCAGGGCCGCUUCUGCGAGGCGGGCGUCAAGGAGCCCGAUGCGAACCGCAACGGCCUCCUCUUUUUCGAGUGGGAGACCAAAUCAGACGACCCGACCCUGCUCGGGAGGCGCGAGAUCGCAGCCCCCGAGCUCUCGGGCGCCAUCCCGCGCACAGUCGUCGGAGAUACAGAGCUGCCCGCGCCGGAAGCCCGCGGAGACCUUCUGAGCGCCGUUGACGUGUUGCAAAAGCGCGCAGGGCAGACCCGGGGCUCUCUGCGGCGAGGAGAAGCCACCGGCGGCGACCCCGGCACCAGAGCGGCGGUGGCCCUGCAGGGCCGGCAGGCCGGCGGCAGCAACAACAGGACGAAUGUGUCUUUCGAGAAGUAUAUCACGGAUGCCAUCACGGAGGCGCACGCCCAGAACCCGAGCCUCGUCGCUGCCGUGCCUGGCAACAACGCGACGGCCCUCCCGGCGUCCUGGGGCCAUGCCAAACUAGCGGUGGGGGGCAUCGUCAGCGACAAUGUCAAACGGGUGUUCCACCCGCGGCCCGGCGGCCACGCCAUCAUCGCCAACCUCGUAAUCUGGCGGAUGACCGAAGGCACUGUCGCGGCGCAGAACAGCCCGACGAACGCGACCGAGACCGCCGGGGGGGCCGUCCCCGUGUCAUAG